AUGUGACCUCUGACCCGUCCAGUCAAUCAUGACGGGCCAAUCAUGAUGUGGGAUCGGGAUUGGUUCCACAAAUUGCGGGCCACUCUGUGAUCAAAAGAGUGGUUGAGGCAACACAUUCAAGAGGUUCUUCGUUUGUGUUUGUGAUGAGUGAUGAAACUGAUCUUGUUCCAUCACAGCUUGGAACAAAAGAAUAUUGGGAUGGAGCAUACUCAACCGAGCUAAAGAACUUUAAAGAACUUGGAGAUGUUGGAGAAGUUUGGUUUGGUGAAGAAACUUUAGCUAGAAUGGUGAGAUGGCUUGAGAAGUCUGAGAUUCCACGUGAUAGUAGCAUUCUUGAUGUCGGUUGUGGAAAUGGCAUGUUUCUGGUCGAGUUGGCCAAGGAGGGCUUCACCAAUCUGACAGGCGUUGAUUAUUCCAUGGGAGCGAUAGAGCUUGCCAAGUUGGUCUCCAUUGGAGAAAAAGUCGACAUCAAUUACGAGCAAGCUGAUCUACUUGAAGAUCUGUGGGACACCUCCACUGCCUCCCUAAAGCGUCACUACGACGUCUGUGCAGACAAGGGCACAUAUGAUGCUGUCUGUCUCAACCCUGAUGAUGCCAAGCAGAGGAGGAACAUCUAUAUCAAGAACAUUCAUCAGCUGUUGAACAGCAACGGUUACUUCAUCAUCACAUCCUGUAACUGGACUGAAGAUGAACUGAGAUGGCAUUUCUCUGAAGGCUUCUCCGUCCACAAGGUGAUACCUAUUCCCAAAUUUACAUUUGGAGGAAAGCAGGGCCAGACAACAACAACAAUCAUCUUCCAUAAGACUUCAUGAGAAGAUGGUGUUCGCGCCGAGCAGCUGCUGUUGAGGAAAGAUUGAACUUCUGCCAGUCGGCGGAGACUUAUGCCUUUAUUCUGAGAAAUGUCCCCCACCAGUUGUGGUCAUGGUCCUUGCAGGAUGUUGUCUCCCUGAUGAAGGAGAUGAGUGUAAUGGAGUUGGGACUGAAACGAUAAAAAGAAUAUUCUUUUCAGUAAAAAAUGUGUCUUGUUAAAAUGAUAACUUGGCGAGAUGGAGCAAGUUGUUCAAAUAAAGUUGUUGGAAGAAUGUGUAA